UGCUGAAGAAGAAAAAUAGAAAAUUAUGCAUAUGGGUAUAGGAACUUAAAUAUUUAUUUCCCACACUUUGCCUUUUCAUUUUCCUCAACAAUGCCCUGCACAGAGCCGCAAUGGAAAAUGAAUUAUUUUCUGGAAUAUUUUUAUGAUUUUCUUUACAAAAUCAUCUCUGUUUUUUCUGUCUUUUUCACACCGUAUCCACCUUUUUCACUUCUCAUUCGCGAUCUCUGGCUGAUUUUUUUCCACCAUCCAUUUGAGAUCAGUUUCCAGUGGAAUCUCUUGCAAAAAGGUUGUUUUUUUUUUCAAUUUAAAGUUGAGAUUAAAGUGAUUUUUUUUCGAGUGUUUUUGUGCCAGGAAAUUGCAAUUGAGGAUGGCAAGAGUGAUUAGGAGGGAAUAAUGUGCUUUGUGAAGAGCUUUUAGCUCAAAAGUUUAAUGGAAUAAGGGAUUAAAAAUCAUUUAGUAGACAGUCAUGAAGCCAUUUAAGAGAAUUCUCAUAAAAUUAGUGGAAUUGGGUUCUUGCAUAGCGUGUGUGAUAACGAAAGCUCUCACCGAUCAAGAGGCCAAGCGUGUCUUUUUGCUAAAUCAGAAAUUAUCGAGAGAAUGGAGUUUACUGCACAAUAUCACAUGGUCAUCGGCAGGAAAUGCAUUUGCCAACGUUACAUUUGGCGGAUACACCCUCGUAACAGCCCUUAUGGUACUCUCCAGAAUCAUCGAUCCGCGCAGCAAUCCCACAAUUAUCGAGAAGAUUUUCCUGACAAUGGGCAUGUUUAUGUUCUUCGUGAUGGGCGGACUUGUAUUUGCUGCCAUUGACCAAGUGCCUUCAGCACUCCACGACAAUGCCAUCAUCUUGGGCUGCCUGUCCUUCCUCGUGGCCUUCCUUUUCAUCAUCGAUCUCUCAGAUCCACUGGCACGUCAUCGUUCAGGAGCCACCCAAACGGACGCUGCUGCCUUCAAUACGGUCGAAAGUGGCCAGAGUCAGAGUGUAGCCAUUCAGGCGGACGACAUUAAGCGCCCCCAUGUAGACACAGUUGAGACUAAAACACUGCCAAGUGCCCAAGAAGCGGUCUUUGCGCGUGUCCUAUCGCCGGAAAAGAGUCGCGCCACAAAGAUCAAAACUUCCACAAAAUCCCCCUAUAUGGUGGAUCAGAUGGCAUCAUCGGACAUUGGAAACGAUGAUACACUCACGUACAAACGCUACGGCGACUUCAAUCACGCCUUCACGGACGAACGCUUCACCAGUAAUUCAUACAUGCGGGGUUCCGUGAUCGACAGGGGUAACUUUAUCCUUCGGGUACCACCAUCAACAGUGUCCACAUUCUGCCCGCCACACAUGCGCGAGAAAAAUCGUGGCACGGAGGAGAUGCAAGCUCCUAUAACUCCUGGAUAUGUUGUCCAUGCUGCCAAAAUGUGGGACAAACGCGCCAAGACAACAAGACAGCCUCCCAUUGGACCCAAUACUGCUGUCUAAGCCCCCUCUGUACCUCUCCUCUCCCUGCCCAUUUUGUAUCUCACUGUAUCUAAUAAAUUUAAUCUUUUCUGACUAAUUAUAAUUGCAGGAUUUGU